CCUCCAGCUCUGCUGCGCUGCCGCCAGCCAGCUGGAGGUCUCCAUGCCGGCAGUGGUCGAAGUGGAGAGAGGGGGCACGGCCAGGAUCGAGUGCAACUUCUACAUCCCUGGAAAUGAUUCCUAUACCUACAUCCAGUGGUUCUACAUCGAACACAGCAACCGGGUGCAGCUGUGCCGCGUCGUGGGCAGCGAGAUCCUGGAGGAGAACACGGACUACAGGGGGCGUCUGAGGGUGGGGGAGGACAACGCCCUCUCCAUCAGCAGGGUGACGAUGCAGGACGCCAGGACCUUCAUUUGCCAGGUUGAGGCCGGCAGCCACGGCACGGGCGAGAACCGCACUGAGCUCCGCGUCUACAAGGUCCCCGAGGCCCCCGAGAUCACAGCCAUCUCAGGAGGCGUCUCCGUGCAGAGCAGCGUGAUCCCGCAGAUCGCCCAGUGCGUGAGCAGGAACAGCUUCCCGCUCCCCAACGUCACAUGGUACAAGAACGGGGAGCAGCUGCAGCCGGAGGAGAAGAAGGUGAAGAUCCUGGCCACGGUGACCCGCGAGUCGAGUGGGCUGUACACAGUGGGCAGCACCCUCUUUGCCCGUGUCACCCGGGAGGACCGCAGCUCCCUCUACCACUGCACCGUGCACUACUGGCUGCGGGGACAGAGGCGUGCCGUGGAGUCGCGGCGAGUCAACGUCACCGUUUUCUACCCCGCGCAGCACGUGAAGCUGCAGGUCAUGCCGUCCUCCACCCUGGUGAAGGAAGGGGACAACGUGAAGCUGGUCUGCGAGGCCGACGGGAACCCAGCGCCCGUUUUCAGCUUUUAUAAGAGAGAGAUGAAUGACAGCUGGCAGGACCUGUCCUCGCUGGCAGACUCCAACAGUGGGGUGCUGAACCUGCACGAUGUCAGGAAGAGCAGCAGUGGCCUGUACAGAUGCCAGACCCUGGACUUGGAUGAUAUGAGACAGCUAGAGAAGGAUGUGGAGCUUGUUGUGAACUACAUCGAAGGGGUCCAUGUGAAGAUGGAGCCAUCCUCACCCCUUCGGGAAGGGGAUAGCGUGAGGCUGAGCUGUGACGCCCAUAGUCCCGUGGCCCUGGACUACCAGUGGAGGGAUGAGAAGGGCAAGAAGGUUGCGGAAGGGAACCAGCUCUUCCUGAGCAACCUCACCUUCGAAACCGCCAGCAACUUCAGCUGCAAGGUGAUGGCACCAAGUGUGCCGGGGCUGGAGCAGAGCAAGGAGGUGGCCGUGGCCGUUCAGGGGAAGCCACGGAUCGUCGCCAUCAGCUCCCCGCUGUACGUGCGGCAGGAUGAGGUGGUGAACCUGACCUGCAAGGCCAUUGCUUUCCCCAGGCCCUCUCUGCACUGGAAUGUCAACGGAACGGCUCACGAGUAUGUUGAAAAUCAGCACAUCGCCAGCAACCUGACAGUGCGCGUGAACCACGACCUGCUGCGGGCAGGAGCCAUGUGCAGGGUCUCCAACACACUGGGUGCCAGCGAGAAGCACAUCCAGCUGCUGGCGGAGUCCGUCAGGAAAGAUCAAAAGACCCCAGAGAGCAAAGGGGUGAUCAUCGUGGCCAUCAUCGUCUGCAUCCUCGUGGUGGCUGUGCUGGGCUCUGUCAUCUACUUCCUGCACAAGAAGGGCAAGAUCCCCUGCGGCCGCGCUGGCAAACAGGACAUCACAAAGCCAGAGGCUCGUAAAGACAAGAUUGUAGUUGAAGUUAAGUCAGAUAAACUUUCCGAAGAGGCGGGGCUCCUGCAGGGUGCCAACGGCGAGAAGAGACCCGCCGCCGACCAGGUAGGACAGAGCGUCGGGCACUGCCCUUCCCCAGGGCUGCUCCCAGGGCUGGGAGCGGAGGCCAGGACUCUGUGGGGGUGCAUCGAGGUAAUGCUUCUCUGCUCUCUGCGAGCUCCUCACCCUGCAUGGGCCUCCAUCACCUGUCAUCAGCGCUCGAGAGGGGCCGAGGGAGGGAGGGAGGUGACAAAGCCGCGGCUCUCCGCACCAAGGACGUGGGAGUCCCCUGGGCGCGUGCAGCUCUGCUCCGUGCCAGCCCCUGGCACCUCGUGGGAGCGUGGUGCCCGCUGCCUGGCUCUGCCUGGCUCUGCCUCCCUCCCUGCUCCCUGGAGCAGGAGCCGGGGUCCCCGGCGGGGCUCUGGGGGAAGGAGCUACAUAAACACGUUCUGGCCGGGAGUCAGAGUGGGAGAACUGGGCCCUGCGCUGGCGUCUCUGAGCCAAAGCCCUCAGGGUGAGACGAGCUUCCCAGGCUGCGGGUUUCCCUCUCCUCCGGGGUUGAGAGCCACCGUGGGCUUGGGGGACUGUUCCCAGUGGCAGUGCCGGACCAUCACCGUGCUAGGGCAGGGCUUGCCACGCUCGCGCAUCCUGUGGAGCCACGGGCUGCAGCACCCGGGCCUGCUGCAGAUUGAUUUGCCUGCGGCCGGGAGGUCGCCCCACCCUGGUCCUGUUGCCCUGCAGCUCCUUCCCCUGGGGCAGAUGUUCAGCCCCUCUGGGGUGGCCCAGGCUGGUGGCUCUGCCCUGUGGCACUGCUGUCACACAGACACAUGCAGCAGAGCACCCGGUUUUGUGUUCACCCCUAACUGCUUUCCCCCCCCC